AUGCCGUGGCUUGCGGGCGACGCAGGUUCCCAAGCGACGAGCGCAACGAAGAUUGGCAACAUGAAGCUCGCCGCCGCCGCUGUUUUGCUUUUGGCGCUGGCGUCCGUCGCCAGCGUGUGGUCGCUCUCCCUUAAUUGGGAGCUCAUGUGCACCGGGGCGAACCACGCCGAGGACGAGUGCCCCGAGCACCACAAAUGCGUCGCCCUUGGGGAGAAGGUCUGCAAGCAGGUCCAGGAUUGCACGACUGACAAGUAUGGCAAAGAGACCUGCACCGGCAAGCAGAUGUGCUGGGAGCAUGCGUGCGUGGGGAUCCCCAGGUACUGCGAGGUGGUCAACGCCGGUGAGGACGAGUGCGUGACCAACUACGGCAAGGACCUCGAGUGCAAGGAACUGAAAAAGCCGGAGUGCAUGAAUGAGAAGGAGUGUGAGUACGCGGACACCGACAAGUGCAAGGAGUACGACAACGUGAAGAAGGGCUGCAAGGUGUACGAGCAGGAGGAGGUGUGCAAGGACGCGGAAGUGUGCUGGACCGGCAAAUGCGUCGAGGUGCCCAAGAAGGGUGGCUACAACGCCGGCAAGUAG